UGAUUAUUUCAACCUGAACCUUCGAUUUCACAUAUACGUCGAACGAACUCGUCCAGAAGAACUCGACGUACAUCAAUCGUACAAGUCAAGUCGAUUAGUGCUAGAAACUGCAAAAAUGCAUAGUUUGAAUAAAUUCAACCUUAAGAAGAUGUGCUCAGAAGAAGAAGAAGAAAAGAGCAAUAUGCCUUCAACCAGCUCGAGUCUGCCAUUAGACGAUAGAACGGCUAUUCGUUUCAUGAUGAAGAAAACGGAAAGAUUUAAUUAUUCGAUGGGAGAGAACAACGCUGAGGAAGCAGAACAGAACCAUUUUGAAGAUAAGCAAAUGAACGGAGUUCAAGACGAAGGAGUCAAUAACGUAUCAUCAUCGCUGUGCUGUCUGCUUUACGAAACAAUCAUUCAGGACCCAAAGAACGAGAAAAAUACCCCGGAGGACCAGGAAAAUAUCCCGGAGAACCAGAAAAAUACCUCGGAAAAGAAAAGCGAAUCAGAUUUCGUGUUCUUGAAGCCCAAGGUUUAUUAUUGCAAUUACUGCAACAAAUCAUUUUUUCAUGCUGCCUCCUACAGAAGACACAUGAUUUUCCAUUUGAAGAAACUCCGCUGGUGCCAUAAAUGCAAACGAGGAUUCGUUUCACAAACAUGGUUCAAAAAACACAGAUCACUUUGCCAUAAAUUCGUAAAAAAAUCUGUUAAAUAAAGGGUGUGUGGGUAUUUUUGUUCAUUUGGAGAUCUCUUUUUUAAUAAAUUAGGAUUAAUAAAUUAGAAUCGUAAAAUGUUGCAAUAUAUGUUGCAAUUUUGUGUGUAACUUUGGACGAAUUAAUGACAUUUUCAAUUUUAGAACGUCCAUAUAUUUUAUGAUAAAGACACCAUUCGACUGUAUUGUUAAAUUUGAAGAAUAAAACAACAGAUAUAGUUUGUUGCAUUUUAGAAUUUCUUAGAGAUAAACAUAUUAUUGUACAUAAUAAAAUAAUGUAUCUCUAUGUAUUUCACCUUUCUACGAAAU